AUGUCUACCGCUACAACCGCGACGGACACUAAUGGCUACGUCGACAACUCUACACCUUCCUGGCUGAGGCCGAAGAACUAUCAGAUGGCGGGUACCCACCCCGACAACAAGAUCCUCUUUCUCGAUGUCAACAUCCUUGAUUCGACCGGCCGCGAGCCGUACAUGGGUGACGUCCUAAUAGAGGGCGAACGCAUAACGAAAGUGGGCUCGGUACCCGAGCGGACAACGCUCGUCAACAACCCAAAGGUCAGAGUCAUCAAUGGCCGCGGGAGAACGCUCAUGUCCGGCCUCGGCGAUGCUCACGUUCAUCUGUCGUGGAACGGCGGAGACAUGGUCAAGCUGGGGAACAUGGGCGUCGAGGAGCACACACUGCUGACUGCGAGGUCGGCGCUUGCCUACCUCGAGUCGGGGUACACCAUGUGCUUCGGUGCUGCGUCGGCGAAAGACAGGUUAGACGUGGUGAUCCGUGAUGCUAUCAAUGCCGGUGAUAUCCCUGGCCCUCGGUACCUUGCCAAUGGGAUGGAGAUGGCUCGCCGCGACGGGGAACUCGAGGCUGGCAUAACAGUCUUCGCCGACGGGCCAGAAGAAAUGCGCGAAGUAAUCAAGCACCACAUCGCCCUCGGCGUGGACAACAUCAAGCUCAGCAUGUCCGGAGACGCGAUCUGCGACGACCGCUCAGCUGAAGAUUGCUACUUCACCGACGAGGAGACCGCCGCGUGCGUCGACGAGGCGCACAAGGCGGGCAAGCUCGUCUGCGCGCACGCCCGCGCUAGAGACUCGGUGACGAUGUGCGUCAAGCACGGCGUCGACGUCAUCUACCACGCAUCCUUCAUCGACGACGAGGGGAUGGACAUGCUCGACAAGGCGAAGGACAAGCACUGGGUCGCGCCGGCGAUCCACAUCCUGUACGCGACGCUGUACGAGGCGGCGGACUUUGGGUUCAGCCAGACGAAGGCGGAGCAGCGAGGGUACAAGCGCGAACUCGAGACGUGCAUCAAGGCGCUGAAGGAGAUGAAGAGGCGGGGCAUUAAGGUCCUCCCCGGAGGUGACUACGGCUUCGCCUGGACCCCUCACGGCACGUAUGCGCGCGACCUCGAGCACUUCGUCAAACUCAUCGACUUCACGCCGAUGGAGGCCAUCCAGGCAGCGACGACGGGCGUCGCCGAGCUGUUCAUGCGCUCGCACGAGCUCGGCAAGAUCCUUCCCGGGUACUACGCUGACUGUAUCCUGGUGGAUGGGAAUCCGCUGGAGGACAUCACGGUGCUGCAGGACCACGACAAGUUGAACGUGAUCGUAAUCAACGGGCGCGUGCACAAGGUCAGCCCUGCAGAGUGGCAUACGCCGCCGGUUAUGGGCCAGGAUGGGAACAGGCAUGUUAUUGUGCCGGACUUUCCGGAGGUGAAGAAGCAGUGGCAGUUUAAGUUCCAGGAUUGA